AGUUUAUAGUUGUUUCGAUAUAAUCUCGACGGACUUUUUCGAUCGCUACAGCUUUUUCUCCAUGGAGAUAGAAUAAUUGCAGAUAAAAAUUGAAGAAGCGAAUACGUGUGCGUAAAGUGUAAAUAUAAAAAAAAAAACAUUCUAUUCCCAAAGAAUCGGAUUAAUUAGCGAGGGUGUGACGCGUUAAAAUGGACGAAGCAAAAUUUUUGAAAAGGAAAGUAAGAUCUGGAACGCUGGAUGUUCAUCCAACGGAAAAAGCUCUAGUAGUGAAUUACGAUGUAGAAGCAUUGAUUUUAGGUGAGCUAGGAGAUCCCAUGCUUGGUGACCGUAAGGAGUGUCAAAAGAUAAUCAGACUAAAAAGUUUAAAUGCAGAUACAAAUGUUUCUCUUUUGGCCAAAGAAGUAAUAGAGAAGUGUUCAUUAAUACAUGAAUCCAAGUUACACGAAGUCGAGCAGUUAAUUUAUUAUUUACAAAAUCGUAGGACCAAUGAUACCAGAGGUAACGAUAGUAAUUCUCAACCACCAAGACCAGUAUCAUCAAAUUCAGUAACCACAGAAAACAGCGAGAUUGAACGUGCAGUUAUAAGCAAUGUUGACAAUUACAUUGAAUUAUUAUACGAGGAAAUACCGGGCAAGAUUAAAGGUUCAUCGUUAAUUUUGCAAUUAGCGAGAGUACCUGAUAAUCUAUUAGAAUUAACAAAAAAUGAAUCGUUAUUAAGUGCAUUAGCUCGAGUUCUAAGAGAAGACUGGCGGCGCAGCAUAGAACUGUCUAUAAACAUUAUUUACAUUUUCUUUUGCUUCUCGACGUACAGCCAGUUUCAUAAUAUUGUGCUUGAAUACCGAAUCGGUUCUCUUUGUAUGGAUAUAAUUGACUUUGAAUUGCGCCGUUAUGAUCAGUGGAAGGAAGAUAUGGAGAAACGCCGAAAACAGUUCGAGAACACUACCGGUUUGACAUUUUUUCCAGCGACCAAUAACGACAACUGCGAUAGAAAAAUAAGGAUUAUCGACGAUAUCUGGAAUAUGGACGGUCCAUUGGAUUACGAAGUAAAACGACGAUCCACAGAAAUAUCUGUAACUGUAUCUGAGAGCGAUAUUAAGAAGUUGAAAGAGGAUCUCGAGAAAAGCCGCAAGAAAUUUAAGAGUUUAACCAAAAAGCAGGAACAAUUGUUGCGAGUCGCGUUUUAUCUUCUUCUAAACAUCGCCGAGAAUGCUAUGGAAGUUGAAAGAAAAAUGCGCAAAAAGAAUAUCAUAGGCAUGUUGAUUAAAACAUUAGACAGAACGAAUACAGAUCUGUUGAUAUUGGUUGUCACGUUUUUGAAGAAACUAUCCAUCUUUCGUGAAAACAAAGAUCUUAUGGCAGAAGAAAAUAUUAUAGACAAAUUACCGAGACUUUUACAAAACAAUAAUGCCGAUCUUGUGUUAAGUACUUUAAAACUGUUAUUUAAUCUUUCUUUCGAUGUCAAGUUGAGAGCAAGAAUGAUUAGAGUUGGUAUGUUACCGAAAUGGAUAAAAUUACUUAGCCAGGCUGAUGUUAAAAGCAAAAGUACAAUACUGGGAUUACUUUAUCACGCCAGCAUGGAUGAUAAGGUAAAAGGAAUGUUUGCAAAUAUAGAUUGCAUUCCAAUGAUAACAAACAUGAUACUAAAUUCUGAAGAUGAAUACAUAAGAUCCGAGUUGAUAGCACUCGGUAUAAACUUAGCUAUCAGCAACAAGAAUGCACAACUGAUGGUCGAAAAUAAUCGUUUGCAAGAUCUUAUAAAAGUCGCGUUCAGAAAUCAGGACGCUCUCAUAAUGAAAAUGAUCAGAAAUAUUUCUCAACACGAAUCGACGAAAGAAAAUUUUGUCGAAUUUGUGGGUGAUUUUGCUAUGGCCUUGACCCAAUCUGAUUCUCAAGAUUUUGUGCUAGAAGUGAUUGGUGUGUUGGGCAAUUUGGAGUUACCUGACUUGGAUUAUUCUCAAAUCAUUCAACGUUGCAAUCUUAUCCCAUGGAUACGCAAUAAUCUAGUUCCAGGUAAGGCGCAAGAUGAUUUAGUUCUUGAAGUUAUCAUUUUUCUGGGCACCGCAGCGUAUGACGAAGAUUGUGCUCGUUUGUUAUGUAAGGCUGAUAUACUUCUGUCUCUUAUCGAACUUCUUAAAGCCAAGCAAGAGGACGACGAAAUGGUUCUGCAAAUUAUUUACGUUUUCUAUCAAAUCGCGAAACAUGAUUCGACCCGUGAUUAUUUAAUUCGAGAGACCGGCAAUGAAGCUCCUGGAUAUCUGAUCGAUUUGAUGCACGAUAAGAAUCCUGCAAUUAGAAAAGUCUGUGAUACAUGUUUAGAUGUCAUUGCUAUGUGCGAUAAAAACUGGGCUGCCCGUAUAAAAGUAGAGAAAUUUCGGUCGCACAAUCAGCAGUGGUUGGAAAUGGUUGAAUCUAUCGGAGCAGACUCGACCACUCACUUGUUACCGGAUGACGACGACAGUUUGUCUCCAUUUAUCAGCGGCGAUCUGCUGAAACAUACUAUGCUGUUUCCAUCUGAUAACGCGGCAUCAUUUAACACAGACGAUGGAUUUUCGAUUAUGAAAAAUUCAUCCGAAUCGUCUGAAAAUCCAAGCCGACCUGUCAGCAGGUAUCGAGAUCUCGACGAAAUAGGCGAACUCAUGGCGCGUUCUAAGUCUCGUAUGUCGAUUGGUUCAGGUAUAGAGGAUUUAUAUUACAAUUCUAGAAUGAAAUUCAGUGAUUCGGAUAGUUCUCACGUAUUAAUAUGAAUCUUAAUUCAGAUGUUUUAAACGUAGUGAUACGUGACUUUUCAAAGACCUUUUCAAAAUACAUCUAUAUAGGAUAUUUUACAUUACUUGAACAUCAUAUAUGUUUGAUAUAAAAAAAAAAAAAAA